ACUGACCUGGGAUCCCAAACAAGCAUCAAUCACCAGAAAACUCAGACUCUGCACCGACCUGACACCUGCUUACGGACACAACUGGGAAAAGCAAGGGCAAGACAGAACCAGUGAGAGAGAUAAAGGAGACUAAGCAGAGACUAAGGGUCACUGGCGAGAAGUUAGUCUUUCAUUAGUCUGUCUCCAAUUUCGUCUGGGAGGGGUAGAGGAAGGAACAGAUUAGUGACGGUGCUGCACAGGACAAGAUCAGAAGGGAGAAACAGUGAAGAAAACAGUGAGCAUCUUUGGGUAACAGAAGCAAAGAAAAAUAGGAAAACCUGUAGUCUGGUUCAAUAUGUGGUCUCUGGCCAUAGUUUGGAUCUCCAGCCUGCUUGUGAGCACCCAGGCUCAAGGCAGUGCCAGCAUGUGGAGAGGGAAUGACCGCAGUGGCCGCUGCCAGUACAGCUUCACUGUGGCCAGCCCAACAGAGGCCAGCUGCCCGUCUGUGGGAUCCGGACCGGAGAUGGAAGCCCUGAAAUCUCGACUGGGGCUGCUGGAGGUGAUGGUAGCCCGUCUGGCUGUGGGGGGAGGCACCAAGGGCUACGGCUGGGACAGGGCCCAGGAAGCUUACACCCAGGCCAUGGGGGAGAAGGCUCAGCUGCAGAGGGAGAAGAACAGACUAGCCCAGCAGGUAGAUGAGCUCCAGCAGAGAGUGGCUGAGCUUCAGAAGGAGGCCGAGAAGCUGAGGAGCACACCCUGCCAACAGCUGCCUCCUCCAACUGUGCCGCAGCACGACAGUGGUCUCCGGCCUGGAGCUGGCCCUGCCCUCUCACAUCUGGUGUCCAGACCAGGCAGGACACAAGGAGACACAAGCAGCCUGAGAGAUCCAUCUUGGCAGUAUGGCAGUCCAGGAUACCAGGAGCUGAAGGCUGAAGUGGCUGAGGUUCCUGCCCCAAGGCCAGAAGACACUGAAGAUUACACAGGCUGCGGUGAGCUUCUGUCUGUGGGAGAGCCAGUGACCCACCGCAAGGCUGAUACCAUCGCCGGUAAGUAUGGCGUGUGGAUGCAGGAUCCAGAGCCUGUGGCACCAUAUGGCCCAGGUAUGGUGUGGCGAAUUGACACCAUAGGCUCUGAGGUCCGGCAGCUCUUCGGCUAUGAAGACAUGGCGCAGCUGUCCCGAGGCUUCCCCACCAAAGUUCUGCUCUUGCCCGAGGCUGUGGAGAGCACAGGGGCCACGAUGUACCGCGGAUCACUCUACUACCAGCGGCGCCGCAGCCGUACCCUUAUACGUUACGACCUGGCCUCAGAGAGUGUGGCUGCCCGCAGAGACCUGCCCCACGCCGGCUUCCAUGGACAGUUCCCCUACUCCUGGGGCGGCUACACAGACAUCGACUUUGCCGUAGACGAGGAGGGGCUGUGGGUCAUCUACAGCACCAACAAAGCCAAGGGUGCCAUUGUGAUCUCUCAGCUGGACCCCCACAGUCUAGAGGUGAAGAGGAGCUGGGAGACCAACAUUCGCAAGACCACCGUGGCCAAUGCCUUCAUGAUCUGUGGGAAGCUGUACACAGUGGCCAGCUACACCUCACCCAACACCACUGUCAACUACAGCUUCGACACAGCCACCAGCCAGAGUAAAGCCAUCUCCGUGCCAUUCAAGAACCAGCACCGCUACAACAGUAUGAUAGACUACAACCCUAUUCAGAGGAAGCUCUUUGCCUGGGAUAACUACCACAUUGUGUCGUACGACGUGCGACUGGGCAAGCAACAGUGAAGCACUUUGCAGGGAGGGUGGUUAUAAAGUCAUUAUGGAAGGGAUUAACCGAUCAUAGACUGCAAAAACAAGUUAUAUUGGCUUUGUGAUUGUUCAUAAACUAUCAUGAUAAGAAUUUCAUAGCAUUUCCAUUGAAUGUUGUAAACAUAAUACAUACAAGUGCCAGCAAGAUCAUAGUUAAGCAAUCAGGCUUUGAGAAGCAGAUGCCAGAUUUCUAGUUUGGUUCCUUUUAUUACUAAGCCAAAAGUGUACCUAUAGAUUUACAGGUAAUCAGUCUUAUCAAGCUGCUCUGGUCUCCCCUAGUCUGAGGCUGCUCAUAGCUUUCUGAUCAACUUUUACUGUGGUCGAAUUUCUACUUUUAAGUCAGCUAUAAAUAUUCCAUUAUGGACAAUUUGCCUGUUUGUUUUGUGUUUAACAUUGUUCAUGCGGCAUCACUGCCAAAAGGCUUUUUUUUAAGCGAGAUUUUAUGUAUUCUUUUUCAUUGCAGUGGCAUGGCCCACUUAAUGUGUUAAUAGAGAUUAUUUUUCUACCUUUGCUUAUCUGCUGUGUGUGUUUUUGUGUAUAGCACUGAAAAUAUGUCAGAGAGGGGACAUCCAGCAUACCAACAUUAAAAAAAAACCCCACACAACACCUUUAAUUCUCCCGCUCUCAAAUAAUUCUCCCAGCUUUUCAGAACCUGUCAAUACUCUGCUCAGCUAAUACAGCAUUGUACUGGUAUGGUUAUACAUAGAAAAAAUCUGUACAAAUUUAAAUUCAUUAACACUAAAUAAAGAUUAUACUGAACAAUG